AUGAAAGAGGAGAGCGAGGAGGAAGAGGAGGAAGAGGAGGAGGAGGAAGGCCGCGCUGAGAGAGUCUCGCAGCAGCACCAGCCUGCUCCGCCUCCCGCGCAGAGACCCCUGGCCCCUUCAAAGAACCCCACACAAAACCUGUCACGACCGGCUCGACUCAACUGUACACCAGAGCUGCCCCUGCCCCCGUGCUGCGGAGACAGGCAACACAACUGA